GCUGAGGAGUCUACAGGCAACAUCCUGGAGUGGAGGCAUCUAUCUGAACUUGGAGCGGCAGCUCUGGAAAUUAAGACGAAACGUUAGCUAAGCGAAUAUAUUCGUGAUUAAUUUUCUUAGGCUCUUGCCACGAAUACCCGUGUACAGCCAGUACAUAGACAGAAACAACCGGACAGAAAGCUGUCUAUGCCUGCUGACGCCUCCUCCUUUACUUGAGUUAGUUCACGUUAGAUAACGCUCUUUGGAUUAUUAGCAAACGUUUCCCACUUUGAAAAUGGCUACUAACGAGCUGUCGUCUAAGCUCAGUCGUCGGCUGCAGAUCGAGGAAGGAACCGAGGAGCCCGUAGCUGUGGACGUCCCCGGACACCAGAACGGGUCAGACGAGAAACCGAGCACGGCCAACGCGGACUCGGAGCUGGGCGCUAAGCUGCUGCGGCGAGAGGAGCUGAACGAGGGCCACGGAGAACACCAGCAGCCCAGCAUGAAGGUGUUCAACCCCUACACCGAGUUCAAGGAGUUUUCCCGGAACCAGAUCAAAGACAUGGAAAAGCUAUUCAAAACGUAUGAUGCUGGGAAAGACAACUACAUUGACCUGAUGGAACUGAAGCUGAUGAUGGAGAAGCUCGGAGCUCCACAGACACACCUCGGCUUGAAGAACAUGAUCAAGGAAGUGGACGAGGACCUGGACAACAAGCUCAGCUUCAGAGAGUUCCUGCUGAUCUUCAGGAAGGCAGCAGCAGGAGAGCUGGCAGAGGACAGUGGCCUCAGUGUCCUCGCUCGCCUUUCUGAAAUCGACGUCUCCACAGAGGGGGUCAAAGGAGCAAAGACCUUCUUUGAAGCCAAAGUCCAGGCCAUCAAUGAGUCCAACCGCUUUGAGGCAGAGAUCCGCCAGGAGCAAGAGGCCAAGAAAAAGCAGGCCGAGGAGCAGAAACAGAGACGUGCUGCUUUCAAAGAACUGCAGUCUGCCUUCAAGUGACUGUCUCUCUCUUCUCUCAGGACCUGUCACCCUCCGUGCUGCACUAAUGCUAUCAGUUUGUCAAUGUGUGUGUGAAUGCUUCGUGUUGUCUCACAUGCUGGUCACUAGUCUACAAUACAAUGGACUGAAUACCAUGAAAAAUCAGCACUGAUUCUGCAGAUAACAGAAAGAAUUCAUUGGUUCAUUAGUCUAGAAUCAUCUAUUCAUUUAGCUCUGUAACAAACAUCAAAAGUUAAAGUGACAUGAAACAUCAAAAAUACAAACUUGAUACAGCAGAGCAGUCCUUACAGAGCUAAAUGAAUGCAUGAUUCUUACAGUAUCCAUCAUCCACCCAACAUCAAAGACACGUUUUACCUAAAUAUCAACUCUGUGGCCCAGUUUAUCGGAACAGUGAGUGUGUGUUGACACACUGGGCUCCGGCAGAGAAUGGUUGAAGUGGUGUCAUGGUGACAUCCUGCCUCACCGUAUAAUAAACUGCCGUGCAGUGUUUUAGUAGCAAAUUGGUGGAUCUGUUACUCCAAUCGGUCUUUCAAACUUGUAUAGGAAUGUGUUGCCUGUCCCUGGCAGAAGACACGCACAUCAACAGCAGCUCAUACUGUGGGCUCUUGUCAGUCUGAACACCCAGCUGUGUCGCUAAAAUGACCCAGUGUCCAGUCCUUGGUAUUUCAGUAGACUAGUGAUGAUGCACGUGUUACUCUGUCUUGGAUAAAGUGUCAGCUUAUUUGAGCUAUGUUUGUCUACUCUUUUCAGAAAUUGUAUUAAAUCCACAGUGACACUUUCCAGACACGUAAUCCAUCUGUCACACAAAAUUCAGUCAGUGUUAAAUGUUGAACAAAUAGCUGAGCUCUACAUUUUUCCUGUCAGCUCUUAUUUUUGUACAAUGGGACUGGGGGGGUAUUGAGUAGAAUUCAGUGGUUGUGGUUUGGGAUGGUUGUUGUGGUCAUUGUUCAGCACCGUGUUUUGCAUGGGCUCUCUGAAGCACAGACAGCUUUUUGGAGCAUGUUUUCUUUUCUAGUUUCCAUUAUUUCUGUCAGGGCUGUUAACAUAUUAUUCAUUCACGUACUCCAGUGCUGAGAUCUGGGGAUUUAGUGACUUCGCUGUAGACCCUGCUUUAAUUUGGAGUUCACAGCAACCACAUGAGUCAUCACACCAGGAACAACUUCCUAGUUCUUAUCUAGUCUUGUCUAGUUUUUAUUAUAGUCGGUUAUAAAAACAGACGUUUAGUUUGUGUUCACUUUAGUUUUCCUUUUCAGAUCAGUGGAUUAGAUGUUUGGACACACAUACCCAGGGCUCAACAAUGAAGUGAGUGAAAUGCUGUCAUACCUGAUAGGAAUGGUACUAUGCAAAUAAAGCCCAGGUUUUUUUUUUCUUUUUUAAGGAAAUGUUCCCACUGUAUGCUGUCCCUUGGAUGAACCUUUAGGUUUGACACAGAAUAGCACAUGCACCAUGACAGUUAGACCAGUACCAAUUAUGGUUUUAAAAGUUUACACUGCUCUACUUAUUUUGCUUUUGUCUCACUAUAAAAUCAUGAGUAAUAUAGAUUUUGAGCUUUUAGCAGUGUGGACAGAGUGUGUCAGUACCUUGUUGUUUGCCAAGGGUGGUGAGGAAAGGGAACAGUUCCUGCAGAGAUGUUCCUUUCAUGUGAAUGCUGUAUUCACAUUUUAAGAAGAGAAUGACUUACCAAGAUCAUCAAAUCCGUGUUUUGGAAUUGAAAUCAGUUCCUGUUGCUCUUUACUUGUGCUUCCAGCUUGUGGGGCUUGUGCAUUGUCUGUAAUCAGGUAAAUCUUUUUAGUCAAGAGAUUUGCACAAUUUGCACUUACUUGGUCAUUUGAUGUAAGUGUCUUAAUCAAGAGAUAGUAGAUUGAACCUUGAUAGAAUUGUUUGAUGAAUUGUUUAAUUCAACGUGAUCUUGCUCCAAUAAUUCCCUGACUAAGUCACAACAGUUGGCUUUACAUUUGUUUUCAUGGUAAUGUUACUGUAAGGCAGGUGCAUUUUAAACCUUUUUCCACAGUUAUUCCAGCACUGAAUGUUUCCUCACAUUACUUCACAGAUAGUUUGGUGGAGGAGGCAUGGUUACUUGUUCAGUAUUGCUCACUAGUUUCCUCCGUUUUGUGUAAAUGAACAACAAAUCGACCCAGUUAAUAACAGGGCAUGCAAUAGGAGUGAUAUUGCAUUUCUAAAUGCCUUGCAGUAAUGUUACUGAGUGCUUUAAAUAGUCUACAUAUCAACAGUGUGAAGUAGUGUUGGUUUGUUUGUGACACUACUUGAAUUAGAGAUAAUGGACUCUUCCUCAUGGAUGGAUCAUUUCCUGUCAACUAUGGAGCAGCAGUGGACCAAACUGCACUCUAUAUCAGAACAACAUUUUUAUGAAUGAUGUAGUAGUAUAUUCAACCAUGAGGCCUAGCCCUACAUAUACUUAAAAGCGUAAAAUGUCUUUGUAGAAUAGGUGUUUCCUCAAACGCACCAGUCAAAUGUCACAUUUUAUGUGAUCUUCAGGAUUAUCACUUUAAAUCAUCUCAGUCUGAGAUUAAUUAAUACUUAAAUUUUUUUGUCAUGGCACAAAGUAAUCUAAAUUCUUUUUUAGGACAAAUUUGGUAUCUUUAAAUGUUUGCUUCGGGACCAUUUUGUAAAUGUACAAGGAAGAAAUUUUGGUUAGUACUGUGUAAAUUAAUAUGCGAGCCCCCACAGUGUUAUUGUAACAGCGUUGUCUGUUAAUGCAUGCUAGCAGUUCAUAGCACAGUGUUCUUAUUGAAUAAACUAACAAACAAUUCAUCACAAUAUGAAAAAUUCUCAGUACGUUCGUCUUGAGGAUGAUGGGUGUCUUUGAAAUUUCCUCUCUCCUCCUUGUUGACUCAACACAGCUCAGUUGGGUUUUGCAACUUCAUCAGUAAAAUGGGAAGACAUUUGGGGAUUUCAGGGUUUAAACAUGUUUUCUUGUGUAAAGUGGGUGAUGGUCAGUGAGUAGUUGUGAUUUUGGGUUUUGUCAGCUCUGUCAUUUCUUUCCUGGUGUGUAUUAUGUAUGUAUACUGUAGGCUCAUUGUUUUGGGUUUUGACAGACCUUCACAGGCAUCUGCCCCCACACUAUUUGAAACUGGUGUAUUGUUUCCCUGCUUUAACAAGACACUGGCAGCUGUUGUAUUUUGACUGCUGUGUUGAUAUGUGGGUUUCUUUUGGUACUGAUUUCCCCAAAUUUCCUACAUAUUCAAAAGAAACAAAUUGUGUUUCUUUUGGAAAAAUAAAAAGCAAAAAUGAUUAGCCUUAAUUAUAUAUGCAAAUCUUUCAUUGUGUCUCUUUGGUUGUUCUCUAUUGAUCUUGUCCAGGAUUAUGUUAACACUGUAUUAUGUAGUGAAGGGGUAACAGGAAAGAAAAACAUCAUUCAUUUUAAACUUCAUUCCAUUAAACAUGACCUAAUUACUGAUGGAACUGAGUCGGGUGCACACACAGUAGAUUCCAUGAAUUGUUAUCCUUCCACUGAAAUGUCCUUCUACUUCAUUCCUUAAUGUCCUUAUUGUCACCAUAAUAGUGCCAAAUGUUUGAACUACUGUCAUUAUGCCCAGUUGUGUGGAGCUUUUCUCUCUCCAGCAACAAAAAUGUGAAUGGAAAUGAUAUUGACAAUGAUGUUGACAGAAUAUAGUUAUUGAGAAAGCUGUUGGCCACUGUCAUUAUUUGCUUUUCACUCUAUUGUUAGUACAACAUUCCAUCACACUAUUCACAUGAGCAGUGUAGACUGAAAUCCAUCAGAGCAGGGAUGAAUCAACAGUUUUCAUACUUUGCCACUGAAAUGUACUUCACAUGAAUCCACUCAGCCUGGGAAUCACUAUGAAAGUUAAGGAGUAACUUUAAAUCUACACUUCCUCUGUUCAGAAACUCAACUGUGAAAUGUGUUGAUUGUGAAAACUUCAAAAUUGAGCUGGGAAGGAAUUCUGGGAGCUGAAUAACAAUCAGGGUAACUAUUAUGGUCUUCCUUCUCUGGUUUGUUUUUUGUUUUGUUUUUCCUUGCUUGUUCUUUCUUAGUUUGUACUACAACUGUACUGUCUUGUAUGCUGAAAAGAAAUGACUAAUGACUAAAUGACACAUUUACUCUGAUUUUUAAUAAUAUGCAUCCUUUUGUCGCAAUAAAUUGUCUCCAGCGUG